AUGUCUUGCGAUAUUUGUGAAAUCAUCAUCGACAUCUGCUCGGCGGGGUUCGAAGAGUACGACGACGAGAUCCUCGGUCAAGUGUCAACCGUCUUGAAUAGCGCCUGUCCUCAUGCGGAGUCACUACAGCGUGCUGCCACUUUUGAUGAACACAUUGCAGGUUUCCCAGAUGCUCUGUUGGCGAUUAAAAAGGAUAUUAGAAAGACAGGCAUUCAUUUGGGAUUAGCACAUUUAACUCCUGAUGAUCAAAUCAUCUUUGACAAUGUCUCGAUGACUUCUUCCGACCUAGUGUUUAGAGACGAUCUACCGGAUCAUCCUGGCCAAGCUAUAUUACCUGAUCGAAAAUGGAUUGAUCUCAACGUUGUACGUGGGUGGAUGUCGACUUGCCAUCAGCAACAUGGACGUCAAUGUCACGAACCAUCUUGGUUAAGCGGAGUUGAGCCUGCAAAGCCGGAAUGGCUCAUUGACGUAGUCCAAAACUGUGUGGUAGCUCCUCCCGGUGGUGGAGAAAGCUAUGUUGCUCUGUCAUACACCUGGGGUCUUGGCAAAAAUCUCAAAAACACAAAAUCUACUCUCCAGGACCUACAGCAGCCAGAUUCGCUCAAGUCGCCACAGUUCGCGGCACAGCUUCCGGAGACUAUAAGGAACACGAUCGAUCUUGUUCGGGAACUCGGUGAGCGGUAUCUCUGGGUUGACGCACUAUGCAUCAUCCAGGACGACCCUGCAAGUCUGAGUCUCAAUUUGAAUCAGAUGCAGCUUAUAUAUGCAAGUUCGGUUUUCUGCAUCAUGGCAUCAACUGGCUGUGGCGCCGAGUUCGGGCUCCGAGGCCUCAAAGGGAUAUCGCCAGCUCGGGAUCUUGAGCUGUAUAUAUAUGAUCUUGCAGAUGGUGAGAAAUUGAUCGAGGUCGAUCAUGCCGUUACGCAAGAUCCAACAGCAGGAACCAAGUAUUCAUACCACCAACGAGGAUGGACCUUUCAAGAAUGGCUCUUCUCCCGUCGUCGACUGGUAUUUAAUCAUGGCCCUCUUAUUUGGCAAUGCCAGUGCGCUCGAUGGAGGGAAACGUCAAAGAUCAACGCAGAGGCUGACAGUCGCUGGGCUCUCAAUCUGCGCUCUAGAGAAUCGGCAUUGGAUCCAUCUCCCAGUAUAUGGGAUUUCAUGCCUCUAGUCCCAGUGUUCAAUACAAAGUCUCUUACUAUGCAGGAAGACGCACCACGAGCAUUUGCAGGUAUUCAGGCAAUGCUUCACAGAGUUCACCCUGGUGGUCUUCUAUACGGCCUAUCAGAGUUUUUCUUCGAGAUUGGUUUAGCUUGGUCGACCCUUUACAACAAUGUUGAGAGGAGGGAGGGGUCAGAUACAACAAAGGUGCUCGAGGAUGGUCUUCCAAGCUGGUCUUGGCUGGGCUGGUAUGGAAGCGUCAACUUUCCCUAUGACGCUGAGUUUCAGCUUAUUGAACCUUGGCAUUACCAUGAACAAAAGGUAGGAUUUGAAGAACCUGUCGUGGAAUGGUAUACAUUAGCUUCUCCCGACUCAAAGAAUCGGAGAAAAAUCAGAUCUCAAUGGCAUCAAUACAGGUCCAACAAUCAAGAGGCCUCACCGAAUGGUAUGCUGCCGUCAGGAUGGACUCCGGAACAGUAUAAGCGGCAAAGCUUCCCUCAUGAUUUUAACCCCUUGGGCAGAGAGCCAGCCGAAUUGUUCUCCCACCGACUAAACCAACAAAAGAAAUUCAAAUACGCUGUCCCAGUGUUAAACUGGCCAGAUACUCCGUCUCUGAGCGAUCAAACCCAAUACUUGACCUGUGAGACACAUCUGGCGCGUUUGAUGUUGACGCCAGGCACGGUAGUUGUUGAACAUGUCGACUAUGUCCGGCGUAUUGGGAUACAAGACAGCGACGGAAACCUAAUCCUGUCUCUUACGCUACAUAAAUCCAGAGAUAAAGAGGAGUUCCUUGACACAAGUAUGAGACCCAAGAUCAUAAAAUUGGUAGCGUUUGCCAAGGGAUGGUCUACGUGGCUGGGCAAUGAUAUAGUAAAGGGAGAAGAAACAGGAUUGACAAGAAUUCCCGGCGUGGACGCUCGCGACUGCUAUUUUGUGCUGUGGGUGGAACAAAAAGGGAAUGUGUGGUAUAGACGGGCAUGUGGUGAGGCCCUGAGCAGUUGGUUGGAAGCUAAUCGGGAUGUAGAGGCCUCAAGUAUAAUUCUUGGAUAA